GCUGCUUCCCCACAGGUGUUCAACGCGCACUACAACCUCACCCGGCACAUGCCGGUGCACACGGGGGCUCGGCCGUUCGUGUGCAAGGUCUGCGGGAAGGGCUUCCGCCAAGCCAGCACCCUGUGCCGGCACAAAAUCAUCCACACGCAGGAGAAGCCCCACAAAUGCAACCAGUGUGGGAAGGCGUUCAACAGGAGCUCCACGCUCAACACCCACAUCCGCAUCCACGCCGGCUACAAACCCUUCGUCUGCGAGUUCUGCGGCAAGGGCUUCCACCAGAAAGGCAACUACAAGAACCACAAGCUGACCCAUAGCGGAGAGAAGCAGUACAAAUGCACCAUUUGCAACAAAGCCUUCCACCAGAUCUAUAACUUGACUUUCCACAUGCACACCCACAACGACAAGAAGCCCUUCACGUGCGUCACUUGCGGCAAAGGAUUUUGCAGAAACUUUGAUUUAAAGAAGCACGUCCGAAAGUUGCACGACAGCGUCUCCAGCGCUCCUCCGCCUCCACCCCGGGACCCAACGCGCAGCGGGCAGAGCUAAGGGCCGGCACAGCCAAGGGCCCGCACAGCUCCCGGACCGCCGCUACCCCUCCCAACUGCAGCCUUCGCUUCUCUGUCUCUUCCCCAGCGAGCUCAGCCGCCAGUAGCAAGCGACCUCGAGCUGCAGCUGUAUAUAAGAGGAAUCCUAUUUAACGGCGCUGCGGGCCAAGAGGGGCCGGGCCGGCUGCCUCCCCCCUGCCAGGACAGCGCUCUUUAUACGUGUCUGUAAAUCUCCAUUUUAAAUGUACGCUCGAAUAAGUGAGGAAUAUAUAUAUUAUAUAUAUA